AAAAUUGGUAGGAGACGUGUGGAAGAAAGCAAGUCUCCCGGGUAUUUCAGCACUUCGGCAGAAACACGGGGGCAUUCUCAUUGGCAGCCUCGGGGGUGGCUGGCACAAAGAGCCCAAGAUUAAACGCGGCGCUUGGGCUGGCGAGGUUGGGGUCGCGCGGUAACUCUCCAGGUGCUCCUCGCUGGCUCCCGGGGUCCCGGCCCCGCCGCCGCGCCCCGCCCAGCUCUGUCCCCGCAGCCUCCCGGGCUGCCGGGCUUUGUGGUUCGCCCGUGCAGCUGGGCCCCUGCUGGGGGUGUCGUUACGAGCAUGUGCAGACAGCAGCCCAAGCCUUCAGGAUAAUUCCUUCAGCAGCACCGCUGUAACAGAGUGUGACGAAGAUCCAGUCUCUCUACAUGAAGACCAGACUGAUUGCUCCAGUCUCAGAGAUGAAAACAAUAAAGAGAACUACCCCGACGCAGGGGCUCUGGUAGAGGAGCACGCACAGCCCUCCUGGGAGCUGCAGCAGCAGCAUGUAGAGCAGACCUUGCUGGUGGACGGCGUAUUGCGACCCAGCAUGGGCAACUUCAAGUCCCGGAAGCCCAAGUCCAUCUUCAAAGCAGAGAGUGGGAAGAGCCACGGAGAAAGUCAGGAGACAGAGCAUGUUGUAUCCAGUCAGUCAGAGUGUGAGGGGAGAGCAGGAACGCCAGCUCAUGAGAGUCCACAAAACAGUGCCUUCAGGUGCCAAGAAGCAGUGCGACUUCAACCAAGAAUAGACCAGAGGACUGCCAUUUGGCCAAAGGAUGCUUUUGAAACUCAGCAGGACUUAAAUGAGAAAGAACCUACCAGUUCCGUAACUGCACUCUCUUCCAUACCAACUUGCAAGUCUAACAUCAAAAAAGAGUUUCUUGAGCCUCAUGAAAAUCACGGUCCACAAGUGUUUUCAAGAUGUUUCCAUAUGUUGUACGAAGAAGCUGCUCAGGUGCAUGGAGUCAAGGACCCAGCCCCAGCAUCGACCCAGAGUGUGCCUGCUGAUGGGGUGGAUUCUGCAGACCCCUCACCAGUCCAUAAAGAUGGGCAGAAUGAGGCCGACAGUGCACCAGAAGACCUCCAGUCUGUGGGGACCAGCAGGCUGCUCUAUCACAUCACUGAUGGUGACAACCCACUGCUGUCACCACGAUGCUCCAUCUUCAGCCAAAGCCAGAGAUUCAAUUUAGACCCCGAGUCAGCCCCAUCUCCACCCAGCACUCAGCAGUUUAUGAUGCCUCGGAGUUCUUCACGCUGCAGCUGUGGAGAUGGCAAGGAGCCACAGACUAUCACCCAGCUCACCAAGCACAUCCAGAGCCUCAAGCGGAAAAUUCGGAAAUUUGAAGAAAAAUUUGAACAAGAAAAGAAAUACCGGCCUUCACAUGGUGACAAGACGUCUAAUCCUGAAGUCCUGAAAUGGAUGAAUGAUUUGGCUAAAGGUCGUAAACAGCUCAAAGAACUAAAGCUAAAGCUGUCAGAAGAACAAGGGAGUGCUCCCAAAGGUCCACCUAGAAACCUGUCCUGUGAGCAACCCACAGUCCUCAGAGAAAAUGGGAAGCCAGAAGCUGCGGGCCCAGAGCCAAGCUCCUCUGGAGAAGAGACUCCAGAUGCUGCCUUGAUAUGCCUGAAGGAGAAAAGAGAGCAACUUCCUCCCCAAGAGGAUUCUAAGGUAACUAAGCAAGACAAGAACCUCAUAAAACCGCUUUAUGACCGGUACAGAAUUAUCAAGCAAAUCUUGUCAACGCCUUCCCUUAUUCCAACAAUUCAGGAGGAAGAGGACUCUGAUGAAGACCAUCCACAGGGAAGCCAACAACCUUCUUUGCCGGAUCCAGCAUCUCACCUUCCUGUUGGUGAACACGUCAUUUACUCUAAUGAGACUGAGCCUGUUAGGGCCCUUCUACCGGAUGAAAAGAAAGAAGUAAAACCACCAGCUCUCUCCAUGUCUAAUUUACAUGAGGCUACCAUGCCUGUACUUCUUGACCAUCUCCGAGAAACCAGGGCUGACAAGAAGAGACUGCGCAAAGCCUUAAGAGAAUUUGAAGAACAGUUUUUUAAACAAACAGGAAGAAGUCCACAAAAGGAAGACAGGAUACCAAUGGCAGAUGAGUAUUAUGAAUAUAAGCACAUUAAAGCCAAACUGAGACUAUUAGAGGUACUCAUCAGCAAGCAAGAUGUGGCCAAAACUAUUUGAGGUUCAGGAAAUGUUAUGAUCACUUUCACCCAUGAUAUAAAGUCAAGUUUAUUUUCCUCUGCCACCCUUGCUAAGUAGUUCUGACACAAUGAAAAUGAAAGCACUUUAGUGGUAGUAUUAGCUGUUUUUAAGAAGGAAUAUCAAGUUUAAUUACAUACAAGGAGAAGGGAUUUAAAUGGAAGGAAGGAUACAACAGGUAGCCAUAUAAUAGGGAAAAAAUUCAGUGUCCUCCAUGCCAAGCAGAAAACUCACAGUCAAUAUAAUUAUUUUUUAAAAAUUUCUAAUAGUUUAUCAAAUCUAAAUAACAUAGCUGGGACACUUGUUAGGGGAAGUUUUAGUAUCUAAAGAUUGUUUAUGAUGUAUGGAAAAGAGCAUGAUUUUAAAAAAUCAGUAAGAGGAAGAAAACAAAUUCUACUUCUCAAAUAGGAAAUAAUACAGCUAGCAAGGAAGUAAUUUAUUUGAAACUUCUGAUGGAUUUUGAGUGAUAAAACUUUUACUAUCUUGUCCCUUAAGUCUGUGAGGCUCUCAGUACCCUAAAACAAACUAGAUUGUGUCACUGCUAUUUUUUUUAUUUAUCUAUAAAAAUAACAUAUUAUUUUAUCUGUUAUUUGAAAUUUUACAUUUCUGGUUACCAAAGUUCAUUCUGAUAGCAUGUACUUUGUGAAUUAUUAUCUUUGUCUAUAACUGACAGAUGUUUAUAUUAAAAUAAAAUAUUGUAUUAAAAAUUUAAAAUAGGUAUUUUGGAUAGAUAUGUGUCUGCAAUAUAUAAUCUAAUGUGACCAUAGUAUUACUGCUAAUCCUUUUGUUUACUAUAAGAUUAUAUAACUAUUUUUUCAUUGGGAGUAUACUUUUUUUUAAUGUUGCAAGGUAUAUACUUUGUGAAGUCAAAAAAUUUCCCAUGAGCUGAAGUUAUUCUUCCUUCUGUGCAAAAUGAAAGAUUUGGAAACUAUUUGCCCUGACACCUUGGAAAAGAAGCCAGAAUAUUUAUUUGCUUAAUCAACUUUAGUGCAUAUCAUUUUGUGUUAUUUUAUACUAAGCCCUGUUUAUUAUUUUCAUUUUUGUAAAAGGAAGUAAAAGGGCAACACUUUCUCUCAUGUACCAACUUUGUUUGUAUUUCUAUUUUCUGUAAUGUUCAAGUAUGAUGUUGAAGAAAUUCACAUUUUCUUAUAGUCUGAAUGGGAAGACUAUUGACUAUUUCAGAAACAGACUAUUUCAGAGGCUUAUUGUUUUCUCUGUAUUUACCUAAUAUUUUAUAACUUUAUGAAUCAGAAUAAUGUCCUUCAUAAAUUUGUUUAAUUGAAGUCAUCUACUUGUAACAGGACAGAUACACAACUAUUUGAGGUUUACAAAUUACAUCUUUGAUAAGGGAAAUGGUUUCAUGACAUGUAUACAAUUGCUAUUAAAAUGUAACUCUAUAUAUUCUAUAUGAUUGUAAAUAUUUUAUACAACAAUACAAAUAAAAUAUUUUUCUAUUAUAUUUAUUAUGUU